GUGGCAAAGUACACCCUUAUUUUCCCCAUAAAUAUUGAUUAUUAUUGAACCAGUUGUUUAUAUUUGGCUUAUUCUAGCCUAAGCUAUAUAUCAAUGGAGACAAAUAAUUCACCAAUUUCUUUAAGCAAACAGAAGAGUAUCUAUCGUAGUUUCGUGGCUUCAUUUCAUCAGCAUUAUCCACCUGAAUUUUUGCGUAAGUUGUUAGCUGAAGUGAUAGCAACAUACAUGAUGGUGUUUGUGUCAUGCGGAGUGGCUUCCAUAAGCGCGACUGAUUAUCAUAAGAUCUCAAAGCUUGGAGCUUCCCUUGCUGGAGGAAUGAUUGUAAUGGUGAUGAUCUACGCAGUUGGUCAUGUUUCUGGUGCACACAUGAACCCGGCCAUUACUAUAGCAUUCGCUGCCACCAGACACUUCCCUUGGAAGCAGGUUCCUGCAUAUGUUAUGGCGCAUUUGACCGGAGCCAUUUCAGCUGCAUUCACGUUAAGAUUGUUGUUACACCCCGUAAAAUUGCUAGGAACGACUACUCCUUCUGGAACAACUCUUCAAGCUUUGAUAAUGGAGGUAGUUGUUACUUUCAGUAUGAUGUUCGUCACAUCGGCUGUUGCAACCGACUCCAAAUCUGUUGGGGAAUUGGCUGGGAUUGCAGUUGGAUCUGCAGUUACCAUCGGUUCAAUGUUGGCCGGGCCAAUAUCAGGGGGAUCAAUGAACCCAACAAGAACCAUAGGACCAGCAUUAGCUAGUGGAUGUUACAAAGACUUAUGGGUCUAUGUGGUUGGACCGUUGAUUGGGACAUUAAUAGGAGCAUGGUCAUAUGAGUUUAUUAGGGUUAAAGACAUUCAAGUUCAUGCAAGCUCAACCAGAUCCUCUCCCAUUUAAAUUAUGCCUAUAGAAAGUUCGCAAUUUUCAUUUUAUGUAUACUAGCUAGAGUGCUAAAAUUAUGUUGUUUUAAAUGAACUUCCACAUGCUCGUAUGUGCAAAGGAUGUGUGAAUAUGUAAUUGUACAGGGCUAGAAAAACCGGUCUAUUUCAUCGAAUUCACCUAUAUGUUUUAUUUGUAUACAUUUUCUUUUCUUGUUAAUUUGAUGUCCUUCCUCACUUGAGGCGCCUUGGGGAAUAGAGUCAGAUGUAAAACAAAUAUUUUCAUCUCGAGAAUAUGUUGUGAUGGUAACAUAGACAAUCAAAAGGGUGUUUAGUUAAGUUGACACAUAAUUCAUGUAAAAUAUAUUGCUUGAGAACUAUGGUGUAUUCCUUUUACUAUGUACCUAGUAUAUAUAUAUUAUUAAAAUUUCAAGGCAA